AUGAUCGAGGAACGCUUGGAGCGUAAGCCUGCCCAGUCCACCAAGUCGGUGGCUGGCAAAUGUAAGGCGUCCGGAAGUGGCUCCGGGAGGACGUCGAAGGCGGGGCUGUCUGCUGCCCUUACGGACGAGCAGUACGCUUAUAACAUGGCGAACCGCCUGUGCCACAACUGCGGGAAGCCUGACCAUCAUGGCAUGUUGCAGCAGACUCUACUGAGGAACCUCAAAAUAGCAGCAAUAAUGGGAAGGAACAGAAGAAGGAUGAAGCGGUUGAUGCGGAAGGGCGUUCCUAUGUACUUGGCCUCGCUGAAGCCAAUGGACGAUUGCGUCCCGCCCCAGGCCGUCGACGCUUCAUCCGUAGCUGGCUCUGUUGGGUCUCCUACAACUGUGUCCCAUGAACAACAUGUCCAACCGAUCGACCCCGUCUCAAAUUACAUGGCUGAAAAGGAGCUGGUUGCGGCCCUGGACAAAAUAUCCGCGCGGAAGAACUAG